UAUUUUAGAGAUGACCCUAAUUGCAUGCCUGACUUUGUUGCAAGUAAUUCAGCAAAUGAAAAUGGUUGUAUUCGAUUUGCAGGUGAAAACUUAUUCUCGGCAAUAAAGCAUUUUUUAGAAGAAAGAAUAAAAUCAACAGAUAAGAAUGCAGACCUGAAAGAAUUGAGUGAGAAACAACUGAAAGACCUGUGUGAGUUUAGUAAGAAGAAUAAUGUUGAGUUAGAUUACAAAACUAUGAAAAGUAAAUGUAGAGAUGAAAAGAUUGUUUGCAAAACAUUCCAUGGAGCUGGAAUUGUAGUACCCAUUGAUGAAAAUGGAGUUGGUUACAGACCUGUGCCUGAGACACCAGGAGACCUAAAGAAGAUGUUAAAAAGGAUUGUUGAAAGCAGAACUGAAAAUGAAAGGCAUCUAAAAUUUGAACCACUACAGGAAUUGAUAACUUAUGUACAAUUCGCUAAUGAUGAAUGCGAUUAUGGGGAGGGUUUAGAAUUAGGAUUAGAUUUGUUUACAUAUGGUGGUGAGGUUUUUCAUUCCACAAUAUUAACACUACUACCUUUAGCGUAUCAAUUACUAGGGCGUUCUCAAAAUGCUCAAGUUAUUGAAACUCAUCUGAAAAAUAGAAAACAUACAUCUGAUUUAUCUCAACUGCUUUGA